CAACAACCCAACUACUGGAGCUUUAAGAGCCGCAGCCCGCGACAUUCCCAGUCGACCCAGUCUGGGCUCGCCGACCAGGCUGCCAAGCUUUCCUUUGCCUCCGCUGAGUCCCUGGAGACCAUGUCAGAAGCAGACAUUCCUCUCGGGUUCAACCGGAUGAACCGAUUUCGCCAGAGCCUGCCACUGUCUCGCUCUGCCAGCCAGAAUAAGCUCCGAUCUCCAGAUGAAUUAUCAGGCGUGCUGUUCCUGCAGUAUGGAGAUGAGACACGUCGAGUUCACAUCACCCACGAGCUGAGCAGCAUGGACACGCUGCACGCUCUUAUCGUGCACAUGUUCCCUCAGAAGCUAACGGCGGGGAUGCUGAAGUCGACCAACACGGCUAUCCUGAUCAAAGACGAGGCCCGGAACGUCUUCUACGAGCUGGAGGACGUCCGGGACAUUCAGGACCGCAGCAUCAUUAAGAUUUACCGCAAAGAGCCCAUUUAUGCUUCUUACCCUGCGACUGCACAUCUGGCUAACGGUGACCUGAGGAGAGAAAUGGUGUACUCCUCCCGCGAAUCCUCCCCAACGCGCCGCCUCAACACCCUCCCAUCCUCCACGGCCUCGGCGUCCUCCGGGUCUCCGUCCCGCUCGCGCCUUUCGUACAGCGGGGGCCGUCCUCCGUCCCUAAGCGGGAACCACCCCCAGCACGAGCAGCAGAGGCAUCCGCACCACCCUCCCGCCGGCCACGGUGCCAACAUGGGGCUGUCUCCUUCGCCCAGCGCCAUCUUGGAGCGCCGCGACGUCAAGCCCGACGAAGAGGUCUCUGCUAAAAAGCUGGCCCUGAUGAAAAACGAGAGCCUGUACGCGGAUCCGUACAGUUUGAUGAACGAGGGGCGCCUCAGUAUCGCCUCCACGCAGUCGCUGGCGGCCAUCGGGGACCCCUUCAGCUACCCUGUCACCACCGGGCUGUACCGCCGCGGCUCGGUACGCUCCCUCAGCACCUACUCAGCUGCGGCUCUUCAGGGGGACCUGGAGGACUCGUUCUAUAAGCCCGGCGGCCCGCUUUACUCCGACACCUACUCCUCUGCCACGCUGGGCAUGGGUUUCCGCAUGCCGCCCUCAUCGCCCCAAAAAAUCCCUGACAUGCAGCUGAGGGACAGGGACUCUUACUCCAGCUCGCCCAGACCCUCGCCCGUCAGACAGACUUUCCGCAAAGACUCUGCUUCAUCGUCUGUGUUUGUGGAGAGCCCAAAGUCGAGGCCCAGCUCUGGGUCAGACCCUUUGUGCCUCACAGGUUUGCCGGGAGAGGGAAACCGGGCCGGACCUGGUUUUGGUUCUUUAUCUGGACAAGAUGGAGACACCAGCAGGGAUCAUCGCCUGGAGCGUAUGGAGGCCAUGGAAAAGCAAAUCGCCAGCCUUACCGGCCUCGUCCAGAGCGUGUUGACCAGGGCACCAGACAGUGAUAGCACAUGCGGCCUACUGCGUCUCUGCAUGAUGGCGGGCUGCCCUCCGGACCAAGGGACGGAGUUUUCACGGCCAUUACCUUUCUCUUCCAGCGAGAAGACGGAAACCAACAGUGAUGGCUCGGCCACUGGAACUGGACGACCGAAGCAGAAAGCGAACACACCGUCAGCACCUCUAGCUCUGAUGCCGCCYCCGCCUUCUAACACAACACCGGUGAACAGCGUGGGCCGCUUGCAGAUGAAGCUUCAUCUGCACGGUCUUCAGCAAAACGCCACCGACCUGCGCAAACAGCUCGCUCAGCUACGSAAGACGCAGCUUGAAAACCAGGAUUCGGUGCGAACUCUGCUGAAACGGACCGAGGCGGAGCUGAACGUGCGCGUGGCAGACACCCUGAGGAAGCAGGAGGAUCCUCUGCAAAGACAGCGCCUCCUCGUGGAGGAGGAGCGACUCAAAUACCUCAAUGAGGAGGAGCUCAUCAUCCAGCAGCUCCACGACCUGGAGAAGUCGGUGGAGGAGAUCCAGAAGGAGUCGUCUGUCAACCACAAGCUGGUGACGGUGCAGGAGCUGGAGGAGAAGUCGAAUGUUCUGAGAAAGCUGGGAGAAACACUCACAGAGCUGAAAAAUCAGUUCCCGAGCCUGCAGAGUAAAAUGCGYGUGGUGCUGCGGGUGGAGGUAGAAGCCGUCAAAUUCCUUAAAGAAGAACCGCACAGACUUGACGCCCUGUUAAAACGCUGCAAGACAAUAACUGACACCCUCGCCACGAUGCGCAAGCAGGCAAACGAAGGCGUGUGGAAGAAGCAAGACAACUUCUCUAAUCCUUUAUCAAAGCACAGUGAUGACUUGCAAAAAUUUCCCGGCUUUGACAUCACCACCAGCCCACCACUCACCAUCAAUGACCUUGGGGGAGGAAACAGCCUUUCUAACUGGAGCCCUCACUCCAGCCUCAGUCGAGGUCUCGGUAACCCAGCUGGCUCUCACAAGGACAAUCAUCCUCCAGUUCCCCACAAGGGCAAAGCUCUGGAGGAGCUGGAGCGCCGCGCUGCUGCUGACAAAGCUUUGUCCAUGGAAGUCCGACUGGCAGCGGAGCGGGACUGGGAGGAGAAGCGGGCCAGUCUCACCCAGUACAGUGCCCAGGACAUCAACCGGCUGCUAGAGGAGACCCAGGCUGAGUUAAUGAAAGCUAUUCCAGACCUGGACUUUGCUGCCAAGCAGAUCAAACCUUCAUCCAACUCGCCAUCAACCCAAAACCCCCAAAGUGGAGCAGCAACUCUGGAGCACCGCUCCAACAAGCCUCAACACAAGCUUUCUGCAAAAGAAGGGGGGUCCAGACGCGGCUCAGAUGAGCUGACCAUACCCAGAUACCGCACAGAGAAACCCUCCAAGUCCCCCCCACCUCCGCCACCCAGACGCAGUUUCCCCUCGUCUCCAGGAGUCACCACUCGCAGCGGAGAGCCACUUGUUCCUGGGAAAAGUAUAAAGAAGUCUGAAUCUGAAGAGACUGAUGCACAAAAGCCUCACACAAAAUUGAGAAGAACCAUGUCUGAAAACCCUCGUCCUGCUUCCACACCCCCGACACUGGCCUCUGGAGAGAAGGACGAAGGAGACGUGGAGAAAAUUGUUGCAGAACUGGAGGGAGGAAAAUUGUCUGCGGUCCCUCACAUCGUGCUGACAGAGUGUUUGCCAGCUGCUCUCGCUCCUUCACAAAGUCCUAGGAGAGAUUUAGCCAAUUAUCUUGUGGAAGAGAGCCCAACACGAGAUGUGAGCGGUCAUCACGUCGUCUACAAACCCACAGUUUUAAGGGAGGGGCUUUCAGGUGAAUGUGCUCUUCAACAGGAGGAGUACCUUUUGGAUGGAAACUUCAAACAGAAAAUGGCCUUGCUUUUGACUGAACGGGAGCUGAGGGUGGUGUCUCCUCACGAGGCCCAGCAGCUUUGGAGGACAGGCAAAGUUCUGCAGACUCUGACCGUCUCGUCACAAACUAAACCAAUCUCUGAAGCUGAGCUGAGUGAACGACCUGUCCUCAUGCUCUUUAGAAAGGAAAGCACUCCCAGAGAUGCCUACAAAUUGCUCCACUCCCUGCUGGAGUUGUCUAAACCGGUUCCCAAACCCAGGGUGAAAUGUUCCCACCAACCCAGCCAGCAGAGCUCCCUGCUGGAGGCUCUGGAGAGAGGGAUGGAGACCGGGGACAGCACGGUGAUGUUUCUCACUGAUGAAAGUAAAACACAGCAGAGCUCGUUGGAUGGCAGCUCUGUGGACAGUCUCGUCAGUCGGAGGAGGAUGACACCAGAUGUUCGACUCAGUACCUACAAAAGGCUGGACAGCUUGGAGGAAACCAUUCGGGAGCUGGAGAACACCUUGAUCGAGAUCGGUGGCCAUCCGACAGCAGACGAUCUCUACACUGAAGCAACCAGAACCUCACCGAGGACUGGCAGUCUGACUUCAGAGACCAGGAAGCCAGCAGUCCCACCGAAACCAUCAUCCAUCCAGGUUCAUUGCUUCUUGUUGCCGCGUGAAUUUUCCGCUCCACUUCCCCUCUUUUGCUUCUUCUCUGCGGGUGUCUUCUGGAACUUUACUCUUUAAGCUUCUGAUGUCUGUUCCCUGAUCGGAUUGAAAAUAUGUUGACAGACAACAGACUUCCUUUUCCAUUCUGUGCUGAGAGGUGUUGCUGCUGUCCUGCUGAACCCAGAGUGAUUGAUUAUCGAUCAAAUAUGACAGGCUUUUUUUGCCAAUUUAGCUAAUUUCACCUCUGGUCAAAUAAACGUAUAAAUAAUGCAAA